AUGGAUCUGGAAGGCGUUAAACUCGAUGUUGUAAUUAAUCAAUCUAAGCUUUCAAACAGUAUCUCAAUAAACCAAAAAGAUACUAGCCAAAACACUGAAUCGAUCAAUCAACUCAGAGACCAAUUGUCUAAUAUGCAAAGCAGAAUUGAUGCAUUAGAAGCCAAACUAGAUAAUCCCCUACCAAAGAAAUUAACAACGAAUGAGAAUUCCCCGGAGAACAAUGAGAGUAAGACUGCCUCGCCGCCAACACAACCUCCAUUGAAUCAGUUAAACAAUGUCGAAAUAUCGAUUAUAAAACCCUUGGCCUUGGAUGAAAAUACAAAUCAAUCACGCGUUAAUUUAGAAAGCAAUCAAGAUCAAAACGAGUGGUUGAACCCUGCGCUUGAUCCCCUAGAACUAAAUAAGACAGACAAAAUUUCCCACAUAAACAAAUGUGAAAUUAAGGAAGCGACUAACAUUCAAUACAAUGAUCAAGGCGAAGCUAUUCGAGAUGCCGAUUGUUCUCCUGAACAAAGUGUCAUACGCAGAAUUAAACCUAAACCUAACACCAAAUACAAAGGCCAUAAAACAUCAUUGAAUACAAUUAAUAGUCUAAAACAAAUGGCAAACGGCACAACAGACGUCACACACUGCGACACGAAUAACAGGAUAGAACAUAGCGAUCAGGAUCAAAGCGAAAAGAAAUAUAAACACAGUCUACCUAGCAAACAACCACACGAAUGGUUGAAAUGGCUACCUUUGCUUGAACCCCUAGAACCAAAUGAGACAGACGAAUUUUCAUACAGAAAUAAAUCUGAAAUUAAGGAAGCGACUAAUGCUCAAUUCAACGAUCCAGACGAAACUAAUUGGCAUGUUGAGUGCUCUGAACCACCAAAUUUCAUCCAGUCUCUCUCUAGAACAAAUACAAAUAAUUGCCUGCGGCCAAACCUGAUAAAUUUUCGGCAACAUCGUUCGAACCGUCGCCCUCCGGACUGGCUCAAGUAUUUGGACCUAGUCGACCAAAUAACCAGAACCAGUACGUAA